AUGGCUUUAGAUCAGCUCAAGCAGCUUGUACCAUGCCUUCUCCUCCUGUCGAUUAUGUCGUCCUUGUCCCAAGCGAAGGCACAACAGUGCAACCGCCCCGGUUCAGAUGAGAACCGAAAGGGCAACUACUCCAUGGACGACACCAACUUCCGAUUCCAUACGAUCGGCAAAGAUUCCGGGUUCCUACGGACGAUGGUUGGCCUGGACUUGCUCCGCAACCUGUCCGACGCCGACGUGAACAACACCGGUGUGUUUUCCAUCUUCGACCUCUGGAUAACUCUCUGGCAAGUUGGCCAGGAGCAGCUGAGCAUCGACGAGGCGUCGUUCAGCAUCACCAUGGUCUAUCAGCCGCUGAUGGACCAGAGCCGUAGUGGCCUCACCUUCCUGAUCCUCUCUUACAGAUUGCUAACAAGUCUCGAAGCGUAUGUGGGGGCAAAUAGCUCCUUAGCGAAGCAACUGGUGGCCAUAGAUAUCUCCAACCCCACAACCCGAAGCGCCUCCGUCUCCGGCAGCUCCUUCUCUGUCCGGAUCGGUGCACUGGCUAACCUCACCACCUCGGGCACGAGGUACAACAAUAGCACCAUGGCUGUCGUCAUCAACAUUGAUCCGGUGGCAGCUGCCAUCUCUAACUAUUCAGUGUGGAUCGACUACGACCGUGUGGGGCAUAGCCUGUCGGUCUACGUGGACGUUGAAGGUAGGCUCAAGCCUGGUAACGCCAUAGCCGAGGUGAACCUUAGGAUCAGCAGCAUCGAUUUCCCAUACGUCCGUUUCGGCCUCCUCUCCACGACCGCGCAGCUGCUUCGUGCCGGAGCCAUAAAAUGCAGUGCAAUAGUCGAGGGCUUACCUCGCUCCUACGAGGAGGACAAAGCAGGUGGAUUACUGUCGAGGAAGGAAACCAUCAUAACCUCCAUCCUCGGGUCCAUAGCCGGCACCGCCGGUAUGGUUGCCGCCGUGGCGUGCUACUUCGGCUCUAGGUACCGGCGGUGGCACAAGGAGCUAGACAAGCUCGCCAGGUCUAUGGAGCGCCUCCCAGCGGUCCCAAAGAAGGUCGACUUCGCUGACAUCUACAAGGCCACCCGCAACUUCCACGAGGACAUGAAGCUUGGUGGAGGUGGGUUCGGUACAGUGUAUAGGUGCACGCUCCCUGCUGCCGCUUCUAAGACGGGGCAACCAAUGGAUGUGGCCAUCAAGAGGUUCACCCGUGACGUGCAGGACCGCCGCUACGACGACUUCCUCGCCGAGGUUAGCAUCAUCAGCCGGUUGCGCCACAAGAACAUCGUCCCCCUCAUCGGCUGGUCUUAUAACAAAGGAGUGCCGCUGCUUGUGUUCGAGUUCAUGACCAAUGGCAGUUUAGACCAACAUCUCUUCCAUGGAGGCGGUAGUGACACAAGACAGCACCACACCAACAAUGCCAUCAGGCAAUGGGCAAAACGUUACGAGAUUCUCAAGGGCAUAGUCACCGCCUUGCACUAUGUCCACCACGAGUACGAGCCUCUGGUGCUGCACCGUGACAUCAAGGCAAGCAACAUAAUGUUGGACUCGAGCUUCCGCGCUCGCCUCGGCGACUUUGGCUUGGCUUCGACCGUCGCCGUUGAUAGGAACUCCGUCACUGGCAUGGGUGGCACCUGGGGCUACAUCGCACCAGUGUAUCCAGUUUGCCGCAAGGCAACACGACAAACGGACAUCUAUGCACUCGGUGUGCUCAUCCUCGAGGUUGUCACAGGACAACGGGCGCUCGUUGAUCAUCAGGUGGUGGAUGACGAUGACAUCCACAUCACGGAUAGGGUGUGGCGUCUGCACCGUGAGGGGAGGUUACUGGAGUGCAUGGAUGCCAUGUUGAUCAACGAUUCUUCCCUUGAUGAUGAGGAGCAGCUAGACACUAUCGGCGAUGUGGAAUGCAUGCUGCUCUUGGGCCUAGCGUGUAGCAACCCGAAUCCAUCAGACCGGCCCACCAUGCCUGAAGUGGUGCGUGUCAUCGCCAACUCAAGUCCGCCGCCACAUGUUCCUCCUCAGAAGCCAAUAUUUGUGUGGCCACCGCAGGAAGAGGGGCGUUCAGGGGCCUCCGAUGAUGAUAGCACGGGUACAUCGAUGAUGAAUAAUCUCGACAAGAGUAUCGUAAGCACCACCUGA